AUGCUAUGCUAUACCUUCUACGAGUGUCUGCGCGAACUGAAUAGUUCGGAUUCACAGGAUUCAGAACAGUUACCAAUAAAAAGAAAUGAGUACGUUUCACGAAUCACUUUAACCUUAAAGCAAAUAGAAGUGUUUGUGAGUGAGUUACCUGGAGUGAAUCAGACGGAGAGUCAACAGCUUGAAGCGUUAGCUGACCUCGAAAAAGAGAUGCAAAAAGCAAACAAAGAAUAUUUGGAGGCAAUCGAAGAAGCAGAAAACUUGAUGAAACAGGUGAAGCAGGCUAUUCAAGCCAUAUUCGCAGAUCAA